AGGCAAAGUGGCGGUGCAUCCCUCUAGUGCGGAUGGAAGGGGUGUUAAAAUAGGAGCCACCCUGCAACCGUUUUGGGCGGAGUGUUAAAAUAAUAAUGUUUGACCCCCGCAAGCGAGAUGCUCGUCGGUUGUAGGCUUGUGUUGUGUGUUCUACAGUUCCUAUAGCACCAGGUCCAGGAGUGGGAGGAGGCCGGUUUCGGGAAGUGGAGUGGUUGUCCAUUUUCGCGGCUCGAUUGUGAAAGUGAAACCAAACGACGUGUCUCGAACGCUCGCCGUGUUAUUGCGGAAAACGCUGGUCUACGCAACAACAACGCAGCUGGUGGUUGUUGCGUGUGGCUGAAAGUUUCACGAUGACUUUCGUCAAAGAUCCCUGCGGUAUCGUGUGCGUACUGGUCACAUACAUGGCGGUUUUUUACGCCGAUUAUGUUGUAACGCAUUGGAUAAUUCUGCAAACGAUGCCCAACAGCCUUUGGGCGCCGUUUCAUGUGGUGGCGUUCAACACGAUCGUUUUUAUGCUGGGAAUGGCCCAUUUAAAGGCAGUGCUGCUCGACCCAGGCACGGUGCCGUUACCUCAGAUCCGCAUCGAUUUUUCCGAUCUACACGCGGAGAAAAACUAUGGCCAUGAGCGAGGCGAGUGGACCAUGUGUACGCGUUGUGAGACGUAUCGGCCACCGCGGGCACAUCACUGCCGUAUCUGCAAACGGUGCAUUCGGAAAAUGGACCAUCACUGCCCGUGGAUUAACAACUGCGUCGGAGAGCGAAAUCAAAAGUACUUUCUACAGUUUCUGCUAUAUGUCUGCGCCCUGGCAGUGUAUUCCGUGUUUCUGAUCGUCGUCUCCUGGCUGUAUCCUUGUGAAGAGUGCCACAUAGAUGUGGCACAGGCGCAGAGCCGCAUGAUGCACAGUGUUCUGCUAUUGCUGGAGUCGGCCCUGUUCGGGCUGUUUGUCAUAGCGAUCAUGAUUGAUCAGAUGCACGCCAUUCUUUACGACGAAACGGCCGUAGAAUCGGUACAGCACAAGGGUCCGUAUCGUAGCAAUCGGCCAAAGAUGGCGCUUUUGGCAGAGGUUUGUGGCCGCGGCCAUCCGAUGUCGUGGAUGCUGCCGUGUGCAUCGUUGAACCGAGCCAAACACCACGAUGUACCGCUGCUCAGUCAUGAUGUGUAAGAGAAACGGCUCAGGUAGUAGUGCUAGUCACGAAACGCCAUUGACUGACGAUAACCUGCAGCUAAUGAAGCCCAAAAAUUAAUUACGAGGGAGGAACAACGGUAGACGAGGGUCGGUUCUACCUACAGCGAGCCAGGCGGCGACCGCCUAGCCAAUUAGCAACAUGCCGUGCAUUUAUCAUCAUUCGUUUUUCUCAUUAGCAUUUCCCCAGACGCUAUUAUUUUGUUCGUCCGUUGUUUUCUUUUCUCCCACCGCAGUGAGCAAUUUGAAUACCGUUCCCAUGUUUUACUCGCAAAGCACAUCAUAGUUACCCGUUCGUCUGAGGAAUUUUUGAAAUGUCUUUUUAAGUUAUCUUUGUCUAUACUCGAGACUUUACGUGAAAUCCCCGUAUUGGUUCUUUCGGGUUCCUUUGCAUCGCCUACUUACUUGUUUUGUGACCAGCGAAACUAACCAUAAACUAAACGCACCGAUACAGAGAAGCAGUAUAAUUCCCACGUCUUAAAGUUGGUCUCACACGCGUGGAUUUGGAUUUAGGAAUUGAGGUAUCGACCUCGUGACAGACGCAUGCAGUUAGAAGUUAUUUGUAAAUUUGUUUGCUUUGCGUUUGUACUUCAGUUUUGUUACCUAUUUUCGAACUAUAUAUUUAACUUAUUUCCUGCCCAACCAUGAAACCAUUUAGCACCAUAGAACGAAUACCAUCCCCAAGGGGUGACUGUCUGUAAAUACACAAAUCCAUUGAUUAAUAGAUAGUUUCACCAGACGCGCAAUUUUGUGAAAAGCAUGCUAGCGUAGAGUAUUUGGUAUAUGGUCUUUGCUUUAGUUUGACGUUUCCUAGUAUGGUUUCCUGCGGUCGGGAAAAUUUGGAUAUCAAUUAUCGAGCAAUAGGAGCUAACGAGGCUUCCAUAUUGUUGAUUAUUUGUUAGACCUACUUUAUUUGGCAUUCGGUGCAGUAUGUUCAAUAGGAUAUGUUACGUAGCGCCCCUCAGGAGGAGGAAAAUUUUGCGGUUGUGUUUUUCGUGUAAAUAUUAAUACGGUUGCUGAAUUUCGCAAGAUUUCCUUCGACGGUUAUAGUAUUACAGGUUUGGAUAUUCAUGGAUGAGUUGUGUAAUAUUCACUCAGUUUUUCGUUUAGACAAUUAGUUGUAUAAAAAAUCUAAAAGCAAAGGGUGUGAUUCUUUGUGUAGGUUGGUAGAUGUAUUUUGUUUUUAAUUGACGGACUUUCGUUUCCAAUCAGCGCUGCGCGCAAGAACAAGUUGAGCUAUCGCGUUAAGCACUUUGCCACGGUAUUAUAUCAAGUAGCCACGAGCAAUAGAAUACAGUGUCGAUCAGGGAGCUAUUACCACCUUUCUGUAACAACAGAUAAUCAAGGUUCAAUGUAUUAUUGUAGCAUUUUUAAACAAAGGAACUUUUUUCGUCUCAUCUUCGUGUAGCUUUUUUACGAUACCCUAAAACAAACGAACCAACAGCGAGAGCAGGGCAUAGUGACAAACACAAGA